CACGCACACUCAAUACUACCAUGCAAGACGACCAUAAUGCGAACGUGAAACAGGAGGACACGGGGCAGGACGCGAUCUUGGACUGCGAGAUUCUGGAAUUUGUCGUGGAGAGCGGACAAGACUUGUGGGGUUUCCUUGAGCAACUCAACGCCGUGCCCCAAGAGCAGUUGUCAGUUUGGGAACGCCACGCCGAGAAAAUGCAGCGGUUGAAAAUUCCAUCAUAUCGGUAUGGCCUCGUAGGCAAGACAGGCAGCGGCAAGUCCACACUCGCCAACUGUCUGCUCGAUGCGGAUAUUCUUCCGUCGUCAGCUGCU